CCCCGGAAACCCACGUGUAAAUGCACUUUGUCGUAUAACUGGUCUUAGAAGAGCUAUUUUACAGUCUAUUACUCGUUUUGAAGUACUGAUGUGAUGGAAACGGUAAACCAGUGCCACUGCUGCCUGCAGCGGCCUCCGGCGAAAGAUUUGAGGACACCGUACACUCGUCUCGGCAUAACGGAAAUAUACUCGGUCAUGAUCGAAGAAUGCUUUGUAAUCAAGCUGACACCAAGCAACAAUGGCAAGAGUGGUAUCUGCGAGGUGUGUCUGGGGCGGCUGCGGGAGGCGUGCCACUUCAAGAUGCAGGUGCAGCACUGCCAGGCCGAGCUGCAGGAGAGGUUGGAGGGAGGACUGAGGGUCAAAGAUGAACCUGAAGAUGGCGCGUGCAGCGAGCCUUCCGAGCCGUCUCUACUGUCUUCAGCCGGCGAGUACGGAGUUAGCUCGGCGCCUCUGUCCCUGCGCUGUAGGCAGCAGCUCGCGCUGGCGUGCUCCGUGAGGCUCGAGCGCCUCCGCCGCAGUGUGCAGGACGUGACGUCACACCGCGAGCUAAGCCCCGCCAGCAGUGUGCAGGACGUGACGUCACACCGCGAGCCGAGCCCCACCAGCAGUGUGCAGGACGUGACGUCACACCGCGAGCCGAGCCCCGCCAGCAGUGUGCAGGACGUGACGUCACACCGCGAGCCGAGCCCCGCCAGCAGUGUGCAGGAAGUGACGUCACACCGCGAGCCGAGCCCCGCCAGCAGUGUGCAGGACGUGACGUCACACCGCGAGCCGAGUCCCGCCAGCAGUGUGCAGGACGUGACGUCACACCGCGAGCCGAGCGCCGCCAGCAGUGUGCAGGACGUGACGUCACACCGCGAGCCGAGCCCCGCCAGCAGUGUGCAGGACGUGACGUCACACCGCGAGCCGAGCCCCGCCAGUGUGCAGGACGUGCCCGCUCACACACCCGCCGAGGUACAAGCUCAAACACACGAUACUCGCCCUACACACACCACACACAACUCUAGUUUAAUCAAACAUCAACAGGAACAUAUCGAACCACAAACGAACAAGCAGACCUACUGUUGCGACAUGUGUAGUAAACAAUUUACGUCAAAACUUACUUUAAUCCGACAUAUCAGAACACAUACACACCCGGAACAUACAUGCGGAGUUUGUAAUGAAGCAUUUCAAAAUAACUUGUUACUGAAUAAGCAUUUAAGAUUGCAAUCAGCAGAGAGACCGUACGUGUGUGGAGAAUGCAACAAGCGAUUUGCAACAAAAAGCUUUUUGUAUAUACAUAGAAGAACCCACACUGGAGUCAAACUAUACAAAUGUAAAGAAUGUAACAAGCAAUUCAAAGGAAGAGAUGGUUUAAAGUACCAUGAAAGAGUCCAUAGUGGCGUGAAACCAUACAAAUGUAAAGAAUGUAACAAGGAAUUCAGACAAAAAAAUCAUUUAGUUACCCAUGAAAGCAUCCAUAGUGGAAUGAAACCAUACAAAUGUAAUGAAUGCAACAAAGAAUUUACAGCCAAAUAUAUAUUAGUUAACCACGAGAGAACCCACACCGGUGAAAAACCAUACAAAUGUAAAGAAUGUAACAAGGAAUUUGCAAGAAAACAAAUAUUAAAAAUCCACCAAAGAGUCCAUAGUGAUGUGAAACCAUACAAAUGUAAAGAAUGUAACAAGGAAUUCAGACAAAAAAAUCAUUUAGUUACCCAUGAAAGCAUCCAUAGUGGAAUGAAACCAUACAAAUGUAAUGAAUGCAACAAAGAAUUUACAGCCAAAUAUAUAUUAGUUAACCACGAGAGAACACACACCGGUGAAAAACCAUACAAAUGUAAAGAAUGUAACAAGGAAUUUGCAAGAAAACAAAUAUUAAAAAUCCACCAAAGAGUCCAUAGUGAUGUGAAACCAUACAAAUGUAAAGAAUGUAACAAGGAAUUCAGACAAAAAAAUCAUUUAGUUACCCAUGAAAGCAUCCAUAGUGGAAUGAAACCAUACAAAUGUAAAGAAUGUAACAAGCAAUUUACAAGAAAAGAUUAUUUAGUGAGACACGAAAGAGUCCAUAUUGGCGUGAAACCAUACAAAUGUAAAGAAUGUAACAAGCAAUUCACACAUAAACAUAAUUUAGUUAUCCAUGAAAGAAUCCAUAGUAGAGUGAAACCAUACAAGUGUAAAGAAAGUAACAAGGAAUUCACGGCUAAACAUUCUUUAGUUAUCCAUGAAAGAAUCCAUAGUGGAUUAAAACCAUACAAAUGUAAAGAAUUUAACAAGCGAUACACAUUAAGAGCUUCUUUAGUUUACCAUGAAGAAACCCAUAGUGGCGUGAAACCAUACAAAUGUAAAGAAUGUCACAAAGAAUUCAUGCAAAAACAUUCUUUAGUUAUCCACGAAAGAGUCCAUAGUGGCGUGAAACCAUACAACUGUAGGGAAUGUAACAAAAAAUUUUCACAAAAAUCUUCUUUAGUUAUCCAUGAAAGAAUCCAUAGUGGUGUGAAACCAUACAAAUGUAAAGAAUGUGACAAGCAAUUUACAAGAAAAUAUCUUUUAGAGAUCCACCAAAGAGUCCAUAGUGACGUGAAACCAUACAAAUGUAAUAAACGUAACCAGCAAUUAAGUCAAGAAGAUAGUUUAGAGACACAUAACAUGAGUAACAUCGGAGAGAAGCCGUAUAGAUGUGAAGAAUGUAACAACCACUUUACAUUAAAAUCCGAAUUAGAGAGACAUAAAAAAAUACACACCGAUGAACAAUCAUACGAAUGCGAAAUAUGUGAAACACUUUUUUUCGAUGAAACAAGUUUAAUGAAACAUAUUGAAACACAUAUAUCCAGGAUACCAUAACUUUAUUGUUUUGUAAAAUUGUUUAUAAUAGCUCAGUUUAAUGUUGUUA